AAUUGUGUAACUACUAAAGGUUGCUACACAAACCUCUGAACUUGUGGUUCAUAUGAACAUGGACACCUGCAAGAAGAAUGUAUUCUCCAUCUUCCAUGGAUUCUUGAUGAUGUUCCUCUCCCUCCAAUUGCUGGAGGUUUCUUCUAAUAGAAUCUCCACCAAUCAAUCUCUUUCAGGAUACCAGACCAUUUUUUCUAGUGGUGAUGUUUACGAACUUGGCCUCUUCACACCAGAACCCGAUGAUUUUAUAGCUAUGGGAGAUGAGCUUACUUCGACAUCUACCAAGUUGUGGCAGAGUUUUGAUGUUCCACAAUGUCUCAUCUCGUGGAAUAGCACCAAAGAUCCAUCCCCGGGUCACUACUCUCUCAAGGUUGACCACAACACAAGAAAUACUCUCAUGAUCAUGGUUUCAGAUGGAUCUAAAUCAUGUUGGUCGAGUGGCCCGUGCUAUGGAUCCGAACAAAGAUGUA